UUGGUCAGAGAGAAUAAAGACUUUGAAACGUAUUACAUGGCCCAGAAAAUUGUUCCGGAAGAGGAAUGGGAUGAGUUCCUGUCCUGCAUGAAGACCAACCUCCCAGCUGCCUUCCGCCUGACAGGAAGCAAGAGCAUGGCCCGGGCCCUCCUCAAGGUGCUCAGCAAGAGCUUCUUUGAGCCCCUAUCGCAGCUGGUGCCACCUGAGCUCACUGAGGAUGAGAUCAAGGCAGGCGAGGAGCCAGUCAAGCCCCUCCGCCCGAUCUGUCUGCCAUGGUACCCUGACAACCUCGCCUGGCAGUUGAACUUGACACGACGCAACAUCCGUAGAUGCGAGGCCUACUGGCAGCUGCACCAGUGCCUCAUCUCGGAGACAGAGACAGGCAACAUCAGCAGGCAGGAAGCUGUUAGUAUGAUCCCUCCACUAGUGCUCAAUGUUGAACCACAUCAUAAGAUUUUAGACAUGUGUGCAGCCCCAGGAAGCAAGACAGCACAGUUGAUUGAGUUCCUUCAUAGUUCUGAGGAUGAGUUGGGAGCAGCCAUUCCCCAGGGGAUUGUUGUUGCAAAUGAUGUUGACAACCGCCGCUGCUACAUGUUGACGCACCAGGCCAAGCGCCUCCAGAGCCCCUCCAUCAUUAUUACCAAUCACGACGCUGCCUUCAUGCCCAAGAUCUACCAUACUCGGAAGGAUGGAAGUGUUGGGCCUCUCAAGUACGACCGCAUCUUGUGUGACGUUCCCUGCUCAGGAGACGGCACUCUCCGCAAAAACUUUGAUGUGUGGGCCAAGUGGAAUCCUGCCAAUGGAGAAAACACCCAUAGCUUGCAGCUGAGAAUAGCCCGGCGUGGCUUGGAGAUGCUUGAGGUGGGUGGACGUAUGGUGUAUUCUACAUGCUCCCUCAAUCCCCUUGAGAAUGAAGCCGUGAUUCAGCGUCUCCUUAUCGAGGGCAGUGGCUCCAUCAGGUUACUUGAUGUAACAGAGCAGCUUCCUGGACUCAAGUUUAUUCCUGGCCUUGAAGAAUGGACCCUGAUGAACAGAGAAAUGGAAGUGAUCAAGACUGUGGCAGAUAUUCCCCUGAAGAACACCAACCUAUUCAACAAGCACCUGUUCCCACCUUCUCCAGAGGAUAGAGAGAAACUCAAUCUCCGCAGAUGUAUCAGAAUCUUACCGCACCAGCAAGACACAGGUGGGUUCUUCGUGGCUGUUCUGGAGAAGGUGAAUCCUCUGCCUGGAGAGAAAGUGUACAAACCAAGUGAGCAGACAGCGCAGAAGGAUGAGUCACACAAAACUCAGAGGAUUAAGGAACCACCUAAGAAGAAGCGAAGACAGGGGUUCAAGGAGGCUCCCUACUACUACUUUGAGGAUGAUGAAGUUGUGUGGCCAGGCAUUAACGACUUCUAUGCCAUUCGGGAAGAGAUUGGGCCAGGCCUUUUCCUCAGCCGGACCAAGGAGGGCAAGAAGAGGAACCUUUACUUCACCAACAGCCUUGUCAAGGAUAUUGUCAACUUGAAUCAAGAAGACAUUAAGAUUAUCAACACUGGUGUCAAGGUGCUUGUUAGGAGUGAUAACAAGGGCACACCAUGUGACUUCAGGCUUGCACAGGAUGUGGGGGGGGGAAGGGGCAACAGGUCUGUCCGUGCGUAUGUGGCAAAGCAUGACCGUCUCCACUACCUUCGACUUUUAGGUGCAGACACUUCAAAGUACGAGAAGAAUAAAUUCCAAGAACAGAGAGACCUGGAAGCCAAAAGCGCUGCUAGUGAGAACAACAGUGAAAUGUCACUUGGCAAUGCAAACAGUGAUGUCGCAGAUAUGAAUAAUGAUGAAACUAUAAAAGAGAAUAGCAAUGGUGAAAAUGGGUCAGAUACAAAUGGGGAAAAUGUUAUAGAAGCUGAAGAAAAAUAGACUUUUUCUUUUAUUUUUUUUAAUACUGUAAUUUAAUUUCUGCAGCAUUUAUGUGAUUUAGGGUUUACUUUUCAUUAUACAUUUGUCAACAAAAAUUGGAAACACACAAAGAGAAAGAAGUUUUUAAUUAGAAGUGUUUUCUGAGGUUUUUAAUUAGAAGCCUUUUUUUUUUUUUUCUAAAAUGCAUCUCAUCUUGAACAGUUGCGACAAUUAUUAUAUUAUAUUAUGGUAUAAGAAAACACAUUUUAUGGAUAUUUUGCAAUAAAGUGUUAAUUAUAUAU